AUGACUCCUGAUUUAGACUUUCAGAUUGGAUCGAAUGAUAGUUUAUACUUCAAAGGUAGAAUUUGCAUUCCAAAAAAUUUAGAUCUUGUUAAGAAGAUUUUGGAGGAAGCAUAUAAUAGUAGCUUGUCUGUUCAUCAUGGUAGCAAUAAAAUGCACGGUAAUUUGAAACAAAUGUACUGGUGGCAAGCCAGUGAUGAUUCUGGAGUGGAAAUAGGAGCGUGUCACGAUGGAUUUUGUAUCGGAAUUUCUUUUAUCUCCGAGAAAAAAGAUGCAAUUUGGGUCAUCGUAGAUCGUCUGACGAAGUUCACACAUUUUAUUCCAGUGCGUACAGAUUUUUCUCUUGAGAGAUUAGCCGAGUUAUAUGUUACUGAGAUUGUUAGAUUGCAGGAGGUGCCAGUUUCUAUCAUUUCCGAUAGAGAUCCGCGGUUUACUUCACGAUUCUAG